UCGGCUCGGCUCGGCUCGGCUCGGCUCGGCUCGGCUCGGCGGGUCGCGGAAUGGCGGGCCGGGGGGAGCUGGCGUGGGUCUGCAACCGGCGGUGCUCGUCACCGGCACGCAAGCGGCUGAAGCCGCUGCGGACGGUGGUGGCAUGGAGGGGCCGGGCGGAGUGGGACCAGGUGAUGGUGGGGCUGUACUGCGGUGAUAGCCGCCUGCAGCAGGAGGCGCUGGACCGGGUCUCGGCCUGGAAGAGUCGGUAUGGUCCCAAAAUGCCUCUUGCAGUGGAUUGCACUGCUGAACUGAUUCGUUGCAAGGUCCUGGAUUCAUCUGGCAAGUUGAAGUCCCAUGAAUUAAUCCUCUCGUAUGGGUUGGCUCUUGUAAGGUUUGUCAACUUGAUCACAGAAAGGAAACAGAAAAUGGUCAGCAUUCCUCUGAGACAAUUAGCUAGAGAGGUGGAUAUCCCCAUCUGGGUUGUGGAUCUCCGUCAUGAGCUGACCCACGGGAAGCUGCCACGGCUGGGUCUGUGCCGCAAGGGCUGUGAUGUUGUGCUGGACUGGCUACGAAAGACAUAUUGGAGCCGUCAGCUGGGCAAUAACUUGUGUGAAGAAAGUGAGGAUGAGGAAGAAGAGCAGGAAGGGGUGGAAGCAAAUGCAGAGCUGGGCAAUGAUGCCUGGGAGAUUCAAACUCCACAGCACGAGGCCUGUCAGAAACACAAGGAAUUCCAUGAAAAAGUCAGAGAUGUGCUGAUGUCCUACAAGAAUGAGCAGUUUCGGGUUCUGCAGACUGUGCAGUCUGUUUCAAAGUCUCGAGAAAUGUGGUUUGAUUCCUCUUCAGAAGUGGACUGGAUUUUGGCUCAGAUCAAAGACCUGAUGCAAGAGAACAGGGAGUUGCUGGCUGAAGCUCUUCUCAGUGAUGGCUUUCUCAUCCCAAAGAUGGAUUGUCUGAAGAUGCUAAAUAUCAAGUAUGAAGCAAAUAGAGAUGUAUGGCAGUUCAGAAUUCCUCAGACUUUUUACUGCUUCUGGCAGCCUUUGCUGACAGGCCUCCUUUCCCGAAGUUUUACACAGAUCUUACUGGAGAAAAUGUUUAUGGAGUUGAAGGAAUGUUCUGACUCUUCAGAACUUCGACCUCAGUUCUUGAUCAACUGGAUUUCUGAGAUGCUGACUGGCAUUGCCAAAGUGAAUGCUGGGAAGAAAAAACAACAUUGUAAUAAACAGGCACCCGUGAAGGAGUUGUUCCUCCAUAAGGUUCCUUUGCAGUGGAUAAGACUGACUGAUAAUUGCUUGGAAGCUCCCUGCUGGGCAACCCCACACCUUCUUCAGCUGAUCCUCACAAUCAUGAGACCUCGCCUGCCACGGUCUUCACGGAAGAACCUUCUCUACCUCACUUCUGUGUAUACAGAAGGAGGUGGCCCUUUACCCAGCCCUGGCCUCUCCUCAGACUGCAGCGAGCAACCAAUUUACACUAUCGAGAGCUUACAGUGGAGGGCCAAGCAAGAAAAUCAGGUUAAAAAUCAAGGGCAGACUGAAGAGAAAGAAGAAGAUGAGCUGGAGAGAGAUGGUGGUGUAGAGGAGGUGGAGGAAGAGGAAGAAAUGGUAACGGAAGUGAAUCCUUGGGAAGGACUUGCUCAUUCUGGUAACAUGAUGGCUAUUGCUGAGAAAAGGGCAGCGCUGCAAGGGUCCGCCUGGCAGAUUAGUGCAGAUGAAGUACAAUGGAAAGACUUUCCCCUUGGGAAACUCCCAGGUCAGACAGAUGACCCUGAUGGUCUCAUGUUGGAUAAUUAUUCCAUGAUGUCCCUGCUUGAUCAGCCAGUGAGAGAGGACUGGAAGGCUCCCAAUACAAACUCUGCAGAAUUGAAUACUCCUGUGACAGGAGGAUUAUUUUGGACCCAGAAUGACUUCCAUAAAAUAAAAAGUGGCCUUCAACUUUUCUAAGGCAGCAGAGAGGCUCUGCCAUUUUCCUAAUGGCACAAGAUAGGUAGCAUGGAAGAACUAGUAAUGGUGGUGGGCAAAUACCCAUUCUAGGAUUUUUUUUUUCCUCAUGAGUUUGACUGGUUGAAAAAUAAGUAUUUUAUAAAGGUGGUGUGUUUUAAGUUCCACAUUAGUAACCAUUGCCUUGUAUAACUACCAUCAUUAACUUUUAACUCAUGUUAAUACUUGCCAAAUAGAGUACUUCAUAAUCCCUCAGUGUUCCUUAAUUUUUUUCAUGUAAUAAAUACAACCAACUGAAGGCAAA